AUUUAAUAGCCAAUCAGAGUGAGAACUAUUUAAAGAUGGCGGAAAUUUCGAAGUUGAUUAAAAACAAAAACAUCUGUAUACUUUGCUUCGAUUAUAACAAAGUCGAGAUAAUUGUAUAAAUAAAACGGACAGGAUUUGACAGACUAAAUAUGGAGGAAGAAGAUAUGUAUGAAGAUUGUGUCUCACAUGCUGGAGAAGCUAUACUUGUAAUAACAACAGAACAAUUAGAAUUUACCAAAAUAGCAGAACUUCAAGAAUUAUGGGAGAAAAUAAAUAUUUUAAAAGAAAAAUCCAACCAAAAGAUCAAGGAAGAUAUAGAAGCUCUUCAAUGCAUAUUACAAGAAUUAGAAGAUCCACACGAAAAAUCUAAAUUAGUGGACCAGGAAACUGAGCUGACAACAAGAUGUGAAGAAACCAUGAAAAGAUUAGGCAAGGCAUCAGAAGAGGGUCAACAACUACAAUCAAAAGUCAAAUUAGAAGAAAAAGAAAAAGAAACAUACAAAAAGACUUUAUUAGAUGUCACAAAAAACAAAAGCUACUCACUACCUAAAGCUAAGUAUAAUGUGAACCUGUAUUGUAAUAUCAGUAAUAUUAGAUGGCAGCUAGAUUCUACACAAGAUGAUAUUAAAGGCUAUGUAUGUAAGAAAUCAGAUGUACAACCAUUUUCACUCAACACCAAACAACAUUCAAAAUUCUACGUAUCUAAUUAUUUAUGGGAUUUAAUGGAAGAAGAUUGGUGAAGGAACCAGAUGAUUAUAUAAACUUAUUCAGAACCCAGUGCUAUUUUAUUUCUGACUCUUAAACUACCCACACCAACGGUGAUUCCUCCAUAUUAAUUCCCCAGAAAUUUGACCUAUGAAGACAUAAUGUUUGACAGCGUACAAACUGUGUGAUUUGAUGAUAUAUUUGGACUAAAAACAUAUUCAAACUAAUUUAUCUAUCAACAGUUUGCUUUGGAUCCCUCUCAAAAUAUUUUAAUCGGCAGAAAACUAUUCUAUUUUUAAUCAUCUGUGUUUAUCACAUGACUUGAUCUACUACAAAUAUUUAAGCCUUCCUAAGUAAAUUCCUGAAUUAUCCUAUGUGAAUUUCGUUUUCCGCCGUUUAAUCGCAGUCUACUGACCGUCUAAUUCUCUCAUUGUUAGCCAUUAGAUCAACACUCAAGAGGCACAUCUUAUGCCACUAAAGCAGACAGCUAAACUGACAGACUGUCGUUUUGAAAUACCCAUACUUUUUCGUCUUGUGCACGCCCCAUAAGCGUUUUUCAGGAAAUCCAGUAUUUUUCUAGUAAGAUUGGGUGUGUCUACUUUCCAUAUUAUGCCAAAAUUGCCAUACAUAUUGGAAAUAACUACCCGAUAAUUACUUUUGUGGGAAUGUAUCUUUAACCAAUAUGUAGCUAAUCCCUAUAAGUCAAAACAGACAUUAUAGUUGGAGGAGACAUAAAACUAGUCUCGGUCACCCAGAACCUCCUAGUCUUCAAUAUUUGACGAAAAGUUCCAUUGCCCAUGCGUAACCAGGAGUUUGUUUUUUUCUUUGGCUGAUUAUCCAAUAUCUUUGGCCAAGUCAAGUAAGAGUUGCGUCCCUUCCCGCAAUAAAUCCCAUAAUUCUUGCAUUAAUAUAAACAAACAUGAAUCGUGACGACGAAUUAGGAUUAAUUAAAAAAAAAAACUAGAUAUGGCCCAUAAAAAGAAAUUUUAUUAUAAAAAAAAUUAAAGAGUGUUGGAUAUUGAACUGGCAAUGCAAUCAAAUGGAUUUUCUGAAAUAGCAUUCUUAAAUUAUUUCAUAGGCGUCAACAUCUUGUUUUAGGACUAGUUACCUCCCUUAGACUUUUGUUUGUGAUAAUGUUAAAGACCGGAUAAUCUAGCCAUAUUUUUCUGGAUGAUAGAGACUAAUCUAAAACAAACAAGGUACUGCUACUUUGAGUAAACUAAUGAAAGGAACAUUUUGGUGUUAAAUAUAUUUUAAUUUAAUAUCACAGUUAAAGAGUAUCUUUCCCAUAUACAGAGAUUGUAUGUCAAGUCUAGUUUGAAAUAUAUUUCCCCAUGUACAUAUUUAUGACAAGUAGUUCAAAAUUUCUGAUUGUCUCGAUAACAAUAAGUGGUAUACAUGGGUGAGAAGGUAUUUAAAUGUCAUAUAUUUUCUGAACAAAUUGUCCCUUGAAAUCCUAAAACAACUGAACCUAAUCUUUGUAUGGCAUUUAGCAACUGGGAAACACAUUAAGGGAGACAAUGACUAGUUUUAUUCUAAAAGCAUGACGUGUCGACAAGUAUCCUCUUAUCGUUAUCAAGAGUAAUGAACCUGUCUAGAAUUGUCUUCUUAUUUAUGUCACAGAAUUGGACUUAUAGACUAUACAAUCAGUUUACAUUUCACAGGCUAUAAAAUUGAUUUCUCAUAACUUAUACAUAGAUCCAUUUCAUAAAAAGUUUGGAUUUUCUUGAUAUGGGGAAACAGUAAUUUUAACUUCAGGGUUUAUCUAGUAAAAAAAUAUGUGUAUGUGCCUGUGUAAUGUAAUAAUCUGCAUGUACUGGUUGAUUAAUUUGAGAUUUUUUGUGUUGACUGCAGUGAAUACUAGUAUUUUAAACACACAUGUUGCACAUUGUUUUGUAGAAAACAGUUAUUUUAUACAUCUAACUUUUUAUUUGAAGUUUUUAAUUCCAGUAAUCUGUCUAAAUCGGAUUCUGUAUAUUACAUUUGUUGUUCAUUGAUGGGUUAAUAAAUAUUUUAAGA